UGUGCCAAGUGCCGGGACUCGUUCCAUGGGACGCCGGUCGGGGGACUCCAGUGCUACCGGCUCAUCUCGGUGGAGCAGGAGUUCUGCUUCGACCCCACCUCGCAGAGCAACUGCUUCCACCAGCCCAACCUGCAGCACCUGGCGCGCGGCCGCACCGUGCUCUUCGGCGUGCAGCCCAAGUUCACCAACGUCGACAUCCGCAUCACCGUGGACGUCACCUUCGGCGCCGUCGACCUCUUCGUCUCGCCCGCCUACGAAACUUUCGCCGUGGACGUGGACCGGGCCACGGGGGUGCACGGCGUGCGGGUGCUGGCGCCGGGCGGGGCCGAGGGGGGGGCCAACGGCACGGCCCCGCCCCGGCUGCGGGAGGAGCGCCCCCGCGGGCUCAUCACCUACCUGACGGUGUGGGAGCCGCAGGCCGUGCUGGUGGUGCGGGGCGUGCGGGACCGGGUGGUGGUGACCUACCCCCAUGAGCUGCACGCCCUCAAGUCCAGCCGCUUCUACCUGCUGCUGCUGGGGGUGGGCGCCAGCCCCAACGCCAGCGACUCCCAGGGGCUGCUCUUCUUCCGGCAGGACCAGGCCCACAUCGACCUCUUCGUCUUCUUCUCCGUCUUCUUCUCCUGCUUCUUCCUCUUCCUCUCCGCCUGCGUCCUGCUCUGGAAGGCGAAGCAGUUCCUGGACCUGCGGCACGAGCAGCACCGUCAGCUGCAGGAGAUGACCAAGAUGGCCAGUCGCCCCUUCGCCAAGGUCACCGUCUGCUUCGAGCCGGAGGCCGGGCCCCAGGCCGCCGACCUGGUCUUCCUGCCGGCCCGGCCCCACAAGCCGCCGCCGCUGCCCGCUCCCCCGGCCCUGCCCAGCCGCCUCAAGCCCUACCCCGAGGUCCCCUAUUCUGCCCACUUCCGCCGCUCCGAGCCCUUCCUCUCCCACCUGCUGGGCUACUCCUACUGCAGCUUCCGCGUGGGCCCCGUCACGCUGGAGCCCACGGACGACGGCAUGGCCGGCGUGGCCACCGUGCUGCUCCAGCUGCCCGGCGGCACCCAGGCCCCCAACCGCACCUGCCUGGGCUCCGCCCUGGUCACCCUGCGCCACAACCUGCAGGACUAUUGCAGCGGCAGCCACGGGGCCGGGGGCGCCCGCAAGGGACUGCUGAGCCACGACAACCUCACCAGCAUGUCGCUGUGA